UGUCACUGGAUCUACAGGUACUACAGCGUCUACUGUCAAUGGGUCUACAGAUACUACAGGUACCACAGCAUCAUUGCUUACCACAACAUCCACUGUCACUGGACCCACAAACACAGCAACUACCAAUGCAUCCAUGGCAACAUCAGCAUCCAUUAUCCCUGCAUUAACCUCUUCUACAGCAUCCACUGUCACUGGGUCCACAGAUACUGCAGUUACCACUGCAUCCACACCUACUACAGCAUCCACUGUCACUGGGUCUACAGAUUCUGCAACGUCUACUGUCAAUGGGUCUACAGAUACUACAGGUACCACAGCAUCAUUGCUUACCACAACAUCCACUGGAUCCACAAACACAGCAACUACCAAUGCAUCCAUGGCAACGUCAGCAUCCAUUAUACCUGCAUUAACCUCUUCUACAGCAUCCACUGUCACUGGGUCCACAGAUACUACAGUUACCACUGCAUCCACACCUACUUCAGCAUCUGCUAUCACUGGGACCACUGAUACAACAGCUUCUACUGUUACUGGUAGCAUUGCAACCACAGCAUCUAUGGUCACUGGGGCCACAAAUACUGCAACAUCCACCGCUGCUGGAUUAACAUCCAGUGCCUCUGGGUCCACAGUUACCACAACAUCUACAGCUACUGGGUCUACAGCUUCUACAUCCACGGAUACCGAACGUACAACCUCAUCAGCUGGUGGAAUCAACACAGGGAUGCAAAGUACUACAUCUUCGACCCAAACGACCGCUGACCAAAAUGCAGUGCCGUACUGGGGUAUCAUCCUGCUGGGAUUAGUGGCUGUUCUCGGUGUUGCCUUACUCCUGGGCUUGCUGUUCUGUAUCUUGGGCUGUGCAAGGUCAUCAUCCGUUUAUGCUGUACAGAGCUACCCUGCCUACUCUACUCACUUUGGGUGGUGGAACUCAGCACGGCCAUCUUUGGUCACCGACCCAGAGAGUGGAAUACAGUCAAAAGAACCGAACAGAAGAUGGUCCAACCAAGCAGAGGCAUAUGAGCUUCAUCCAAGGGCACAACAAUCUGGACAGAACCCUAAAUAAUAUCUUCCAAAAUCCAAUAGCUAGAAUAUCCUACUGAUGAUGAUGGUGUUAUUUUCCAUCUUUACUAAAUAAGACUUUUGGCAAUGUUUACAAAUGACCUAGAGCAGUAUUGUGCACCUUUUUGAGGCUAAAGGGCUUUUAUAAUUCAUAAACAUAGGUUCUGGUGCAGAAAUAAUUAAAUUAAUAGCACAUAUGACAUAAUGUAUCUGUGCUGCAUAAAGAACAGGGGUCAUAUCGGACCCCUGAGGCCCACAAUUAGACAUGGAACCAAAUCACAUGUAGGAUUAUUGUAUUAAUUGCUUCGCUGACAUUGAGACUGCAAGCUCUGUGGGGCAGGAACCUACAGAAUUCUAUGUAUACGUUUUGGUGUCUAUUCUAUCUAAUUUAUAUAAAAAAUGCUGUUCUGAUUUAUUAAAGUUUCUUAUACAUGGAUAUUUUAAUGCCUUGAAUGUGUCCUAUUGUCAAUUUAUAGAUAUAUGUGCUGUUUUAUUAUGUUUAUCUAGCUCGUUCUUAAUUGACAACUGAAAAUGUAUGUUCCAAGCACCCAAAAUAUUCUACCGUAAAAGUAUUCAUGUAGUAUUUAUAUAGUAUGUUAUACAUUAUUGCUUUGCACUGAAAAUAUUAAUUUAUUUCCUUAUAUAAUAAAAAAAUAUAAUU